GAUUGGGAUGCACAGUAUGAGAUCUUUGAACAUUUUUACUAUUGCCUCUCUGUCUCCCGCAUUGGAAAGGAAAAUUUAGAAAAAGGUGACAAAAUUAUCAUGCCCCCUUCAGCUCUAAAUCGCCUUGCAUCUAUGCGAAUAGAAUACCCAAUGUUAUUUGAACUGAGAAACACUUAUGCUGAAAGAGUUACUCAUUGUGGGGUAAUGGAAUUCAUUGCUGAUGAAGGGGUCAUACAUAUACCAAAUUGGAUGAUGGAAAAUCUGCGCCUACAAGAGGGAGACAUUGUGAUUCUGAGAAACAUCUGCCUUCCAAAAGGAGCAUUUGUGAAGAUGCAGCCUCAUACCAAGGAUUUUUUGGAUCUCUACAAUCCAAGAGCCAUGUUAGAGACUUCCCUCAGGAGUUACUCAUGUCUAACAACCGGUGAUACUAUAGUGCUUGAUUAUAACAACAAGAAAUAUUACAUUGACGUACUUGAAACUAAGCCCUAUUCUGCAAUAAGUAUAAUUGAAACAGACUGUGAAGUUGAUUUUGCCCAACCUUUAGAUUAUACAGAACCUGAGAAACAGUUGCCGGAAAAGGAAAGUCCAGAAGUUGAAGACGAGCUAACAACAAAGAAAGUCCAGUUAAUUCCAUUCAGUGGUUGUGGAAGACGUUUGGAUGGCAAACCCUCAACACAAUCUGCUGAACAAAUGUCCUCUUCAAUGCUAAAGCAGCAACAGACUGAAAAUGAAACCAAGAAUUCAAAUUCUAAAUCAUCAAAUACUCGUUCACGUAGAACUUCUGGAAAGCUGGUAUUUGGGUCAAAUGCAAACAUGCCCAAGAUUCAAACACCACCAAAGGCUUCUGCGGAAAGCACAAGUGAAGAGUCAUCUCAGAAGGCAGAAGAGCCAAAAUUCCAAGCUUUCACGGGAAAGAAGUACUCAUUAAUGAGUUGA